CAUAUGGUAGCACGACAUCUAAUUUUCUCCCCUACUUCUAUAUAAUGGAAACAAAUCUCACUAAACUUUGCUCAAUCAACGCUCACUAUAAACUACAGUACUCAUGGCAGAGGUAGCCCCUGAACCAUCCCUACUCAUCAUUGGCGGUGGCGGUGAAACCGUAAGACGGCCACUUCCAGAUUCACUCCAUGUGAACGGCGGCGAUGGCACGUACAGCUAUACCAGAAAUUCCUACUUUCAGAGAUUAGCUGCAAAUGUGGUUAAGGGAAGAAUUAAGGGAGCAAUUACAAUGAAGCUUGAUGUGGAAAAACUCUCUUCUACAUCCAACACAAUUUACAUUGCAGAUUUGGGAUGUGCGGUUGGACCAAACACCUUCGACGCCAUGCAAGAUGUUAUACACUUCAUACAACAAAAGUACACUCUCCAAUGCCCACAAUCCAACACAACACUCCAAUUCCUAGUACUUUUCAAUGACCAACCCUCCAACGAUUUCAACACACUCUUCACAUCACUCCCUCGGGAAAGGCCGUAUUACGCAGCAGGUGUGCCGGGCUCGUUUCACCGCCGAUUAUUCCCCGAAUCCUCCAUCCAUUUUGUGCACUGCUCGUAUGCUCUCCACUGGCUUUCCAAGGUACCAGAAGAGUUAUUAGACAAGAAUUGUGGUGCAUGGAACAAAGGGAGGAUUCACUACACCAAUGCACCCAACGAAGUUGUCCAAGCUUAUGCAUCUCAAUUCGCUAAGGACAUGGAGGAAUUUUUGUGUGCUAGAGAAAUGGAGAUUGUGACUGGGGGUAUGAUGACCAUCAUCAUGCCAGGACUUCCCAAUGAAAUGCCUUAUUCUCAACUGGCCGCUAGUUUAAUGUAUGAUUUUAUGGCAUCAACCUUCAUGGAUAUGGCGAAUGAGGGACUGAUAAGUGAAGAUGAAGUGGAUUCCUUUAACUUGCCCAUAUAUACUCCGUCGCCGGCCGAGAUGGCCUCAGUGGUGGAAAAAAAUGGGCAUUUUAGCAUCGAGAUGUUGGAGUUAACAAAUCCUGCUUCUUUGGUAGAUGGUCAAGUUGAUAUAAAAGCUUGGGUCAUUCAUGUUAGGGCAGCAAUGGAGGGAAUGUUCAUCAAACAUUUCAGCCCUGAUAUUAUCGACGAAAUGUUUGAUCGAUUGACCAAAAAACUCUUUAUGUUUACUGAACAAGUGGAAUCAGGGUAUAAGGAUCGAACUCAGCUACUCGUCGUUUUAAUUCGAAAAUAAAAGGUGCUGGUCAUACAUACUGGGAUUCCAUUAUUCUUAGUUGAUUUCGAUAAUCAGUUGGGGCUCAUUUCUAAUUAUCUAAAUUUGAGUUUUAAUUUUCAUUUCAAUUUCCAUUUAUUUUUACUUUGAUUUUUAAAGUAGUUUCAUUUAUAAUUUUUAAUUUAUGUGCGGAUUAAGUUUUAGCUCAAUUAGUAUAGGCAUUGUAGCCAACGCAGGAGAAUGUGAGUUUGAGUGCGUUGAAAGGCAUUUUUAACUCAAGUUUAAUUUAAUGAAUCUUAAUGUUCAAGAUUAGAUUUGAUAA